UCGAGCCAAUAGGAAAAUUCCACAAUUUUGAUUUAACAAAAAUAAUAAUGCCGUUUACUAAUUUGGAAAAACCUGAUUAGCGUCAUCUGAUUGUUUAGAAGUAAUUAAAUUUUUCUUUCGAACAUUUAGAGUAAUUCAAUAGAUCGAGUGUUUUUUUAUCUGAAUUUCAGGAAAUUGAUACCGCUUUAUUUGCGCUCACUGAAAUUUUAGUUACGAUUAAAAAAAACUAAUAUGCAAAAUGGCUUCUAAGAACCUUGUAAAUGCAAAAUCCAUUAUUCAAUCUUCAUUGCACACACGAAAAUCUCUGCUUUGGCAUGGAUAUAUAUGGCCUUUUUUAUGUCUAUAUAGUUUAUGGCUAUAUAUAUAUAUUUAUUCUUAUGAAGAAUAUCUCGCAUCAGAAGAAUGGACAUUUUUGACACUUGUGAGCUUGAUAACAAUGAAUGCGUUAAUAUUCCUAAGUUGUCAGUGGAGUGUACGAGCGAAAGCUUGUUUUACAUGUGAAACGAAAAAUGAUAUCCGAAGAGCCAAAGUAAUCAAAAUUAUUCCUGCACCACAUAAAGGGAAAGGAGAAUUGUGUGAUCUAAAUUCCGCAAGGAAUGGAGAAAUUUCAUUUUUCUAUCAAAAGAAAAAAUAUGUAUGGGAUGAUGAUAAAAAAGUUUUUAACAGACUACGUUAUCCCAUUGAUAUGGAUUCUCGUAUUUCGAUUUUUCGAAAUUCUAAAGGUCUCGAGACUGUAAAUGAAAUUAAAUCAGUUCAAGAAAAAUAUGGAUUUAACAGGUUCGAUAUUCCAGUACCAACAUUUCGAGAAUUGUUUAAGGAACAUGCUGUUGCUCCUUUCUUCGUUUUUCAAUUAUUUUGUGUCGGUCUCUGGGUUAUGGAUGAGUAUUGGUAUUACUCGUUAUUUACAUUAUUCAUGUUGGUCGUGUUUGAAUCAACCGUUGUUUUUCAGAGGUUGAAAACGCUAGCUGAAUUUCGAACAAUGUCAAUUAAACCUUACCCAAUUUAUGUAAGGAGAAAAGGCCGUUGGGUAACCGUUAAUUCGGACGAGUUACUACCUGGUGAUUUAGUUUCUAUAGUUCGUUCUAAGGAAGAUGGUGGAGUUCCUUGUGACAUGGUUCUUGUGAAUGGUACUUGUAUAGUUAAUGAAGCUAUGCUUUCUGGUGAAUCAACACCCUUAUUGAAGGAAUCAAUACAUCUACGUGAGGGUAAUGAAGAGCUUGACAUUAAUGGUAUUGAUAAAAAUAGUCUUAUAUUCGGUGGUACUAAAGUACUUCAAGUUACACCUCCUUCCAAAGAAGAGGCAGCGCUAGCAUCAGACAAUGGAUGUAUUGCCUAUGUUCUACGUACCGGAUUCGGAACUGCGCAGGGUAAACUCGUGCGCACAAUGGUUUACAGCACAGAGCAUGUAUCUGCAAAUAAUCUCGAAUCCUUCUUAUUUAUUUUAUUUUUAUUGAUAUUUGCUAUUUCUGCAGCCGGAUAUGUUUGGGUUAAAGGUGUUGAAAAUGAUCGUAAGAGAUCAAAGUUAUUACUUGAUUGUAUUUUAAUCAUAACAUCAGUUGUACCUCCAGAGUUACCUAUGGAACUUUCCUUAGCUGUUAACACUUCGUUGGUUGCAUUAGCUAAAUUUGCUAUCUUUUGUACUGAACCAUUUAGAAUUCCUUUUGCUGGAAAAAUUGACGUGUGCGCUUUCGAUAAAACCGGUACUUUGACAGGAGAAAAUCUCGUGGUUGAAGGAGUUGCUGGUAUCCACCCCGAUGAUUCUAAAAUACUAAUGAAACCUCCGGAAGCCCUCCGAGACACAAUUCAAACUCUUGCUGCGGCACACGCAUUGGUUCGAUUAGAUGACAACAUUGUUGGUGAUCCAAUGGAAAAGGCAACAUUGGAAGCGCUAGAAUGGAAACUUGAUAAAGAUGACACCGUGAUUCCUGCCAACCAACAAUCACAGCGAUUUCAGUCAAGAUCUAAAUUACAAAUACGUCGUAGAUUUCAAUUUUCAUCUGCUCUCAAACGUAUGUCAAGUGUAUCCACGGUGACAACCCCUCGAGGAAAAAAAACUUUUAUUGCUGUCAAAGGCGCCCCCGAAACUCUUCGUCAGAUGUACGCUUUUGUACCUGAUGAUUACGAGGAGACCUUCAAAUUUUUCACCCGACGUGGGAGUCGUGUGUUAGCUCUCGGAUUUAAAUAUUUGCAAGAUAACAUGUCUCUUGAAGAGAUUAAUGAUCUUCAACGUGAAAGUGUUGAAAACGAACUUAAUUUUGCGGGAUUCCUCAUCUUUCAUUGCCCGCUUAAGGAAGAUGCUGUUUCUACUCUUAAAAUGCUAAAUGAAUCAUCACAUCGAGUCAUAAUGAUUACUGGCGACAAUCCUUUGACUGCCUGUCAUGUGGCUCGCGAGGUGGCAAUUGUUGAAAGAGAUGUAUUGAUAUUGGACAUUAAGGAAGACGCAGAGAAUCCUGAUGAACUUGUCUGGAAAUCCGUUGACGAAAAAAUUAUGAUACCCGUAAAUCCUGUCGAACCAAUCGAACCAUCAAUAUUCCGAGAUUAUGAUAUUUGUAUAACGGGUGCUGCAUUAUCUCAGUAUGAAAAUAGACCAUCUGUUAAAGAAUUGCUAAGGCAUACGUGGGUAUAUGCUCGCGUGUCACCUGGACAAAAGGAAUUCAUAUUGACUGUUCUUAAACAAGCUGGUUAUGUAACAUUGAUGUGUGGUGACGGUACGAAUGACGUGGGUGCUUUAAAACAAGCUCACAUAGGUGUUGCAUUGCUUGAUGGGAAGCCAGAAGAUCUUAAAAAAAUUGCCGAACAUCAUCGUAUGCAACGACUUAAAGAUAUGUAUGAAAAUCAACUGAAAUUUACUGCGAGAUUUAAUAUGCCACCUCCACCGCCACCAGCAGCCAUUGCCCAUUUAUUUCCACAUAUUACUCAACAACUGCAACAACAGAAUCCAGCAGCUCCAAGACGUGCACCUGCUCAGGUUGAUCAAAUAGCUGAACAAUUAAUACAAGACUUUGAUGAUGAGCCUCCGACUAUUAAAUUAGGAGAUGCAUCUGUUGCCGCUCCUUUUACUUCAAAACUUUCAAACGUAGUUGCUAUCGCAAAUAUUGUACGUCAAGGCCGAUGUACAUUAGUCGCAACUAUACAAAUGUACAAAAUUUUGGCCUUAAACUGUUUGAUUUCGGCUUAUACUCUUAGUGUAUUGUAUUUAGAUGGAAUUAAAUAUGACGACUGGCAAGUUACCAUUUCUGGAAUGUUACUUGCUGUUUGUUUCCUUUGUAUUUCUAAAGCUAGGCCUUUGGAAAAACUUAGCGAACAACGACCGCAAACCAACAUUUUCAAUUUUUAUAUAAUCCUUUCUAUUUUGGGUCAAUUUGCAAUCCACAUUGCCUCACUAAUUUUCAUAGUUGAUCUAGUAUUUAAACAUGAAGAGAGAAAACCCGUCGAUUUGGAAGGUGAAUUUGAACCAAGUUUAUUAAACACAGCAGUAUAUUUAAUAUCGUUAUCUAUGCAAGUUUCGACAUUUGCUAUCAAUUAUCAGGGACAUCCUUUCAGAGAGAGUUUAAAAGAGAACACUGCUCUUUACUAUGGUUUACUUACUGUAGGCGGAAUUGCUUUCGCUGGAGCCACAGAAUUUGUUCCCGAACUGAAUAGCAUGCUAAAACUGGUUCCUCUUAUAAAUGAUUUCAAACUUAAACUUGUGGGGACUAUGCUUUUUGAUUUUUUCGGCGCAUGGUUGAUUGAAAUUAUAUUUAAAUUUUUAUUUGCAAACAAUAAACCAAAAGACAUUGCUCGAAAAACACGAUAAAAAGUUAGGAUCAAACUAAAAUAAAACUUUAAUGAACAAUUUAGAUUUAUUUACAUCAAUUCACCCUCAACCUUAUAUAUAAUUACAUCAAUAACACAUUAUUGUAGAUUGAAAAUUUUCAUUUACUGGUUUACUUUGUUAAAUAUAUAA